AUGGAAUAGCUUGGAAGGUCACAAAAUUGGAGAAUUAUUAUUCAGAUGGUAGAGUUUAAAAAGAAUAUUGUGGACCAGUUGAUAGCUAAGAGGAUUUGUGUCUCUCCUUAAAUACUCCAAACUGAUGCUUCUGAGGCUGAUAUUCCUCUUCUGAAUCAGAGGACGAAACCAUUUGUUAUGGCUCUUCGANUGAAUCAUCUUCUUAAUCAGAGGACAAUGAUACCGACUCAGAAGAUGAAGAUAAGGUAGACAAGCUCUCUUAGAUAAGAAAGAAAGAACUUAAGAUUUUAUAAGAAAAGAAUAUGAAGUUAGAUUAAUAAUACACUUAAAAAUGCUAGGAUAUUAUUACUAGUCUGAUUCCCAAGAAUGCAUAAUAUAAACAAACACAAUCGAAUAUUUAAAUUAAGGGCAAGAGGACUUUUGAAGAAGAGCCGGAGAAAGAUUAAGACAGUUCAGAAAGUAGUGAUGAUUCAGAGAAGGAUUUCGAUUGGUAUAAUGAUGAAGAUGAUUAAGUUUAUUUUUGUAUCACAACAGCAGGUUAAAUUCAAUAGGGAGAAUAGAUUUAUACAUUCUAUGGUAGAAGAAAUAAUAGAUUCUUAUUGUUGUGGUAUGGGUUCACAAUGAAUAAUAAUAAGUAUAAUUCAUUCAAUCUUAGGGUAUGUUAUAUCAUUUAUUUAUUAAGUUAUGGCUCAAUCCAGAACCUAUGGCUAUGAAUGACUAAAUCUACUCUAAGAUUAUUGUCACCGACAUAGUGAAUAAUAAUCAUCUAAAAUUGGGGUAAAUCAACGGAGUUCCAAUCAAUCAAUUGAGUAGGGAAAUCAAAUUGAAGGGCUCAAAAUUAUAAGAAGGUAUGUUCUCAUUUAGAUUUAGAUUUAGAUUUAAUCAUUUAUGUUAGACUCUUUUUAAUGGCCUAUUAUAUUGGAUAGGAUGCAAAUUCAAUUUUAUUAACUAUACCAAUUUCAAUUGAUUUUGAAAUCCAGGUUUUUGAUUUCACCUUAAAGUUACUUUCAUAUCUUGCAUAGAGGUACAUUAAAAUUAAAUUAGAUUCAAAUCCCCAUAUUAAGAAGAUUUAAAUUUGAAUUAAAAUAAUUUAACAUGUGAAGAGUAUUUUGCACUGAACUAUAGACUGGGAUAAAAGGAAUUAAUAUUAUUGCAAAUAAAUCAUAUCAUGGAGGCUUUGAAACUGUUGAGAAUGUUGAAAUAGCAACCGAAGUUAAACAUCAAAGAGUAUUUUAUGUAACAAUCCAAUUCUGUGGAAAAAAUUAGAGCCUUGAGAUAUUAUAUAAAAUAUUUGUGA